UUCUAAUCGCGCGCUAAUAAAAGUUAAAUUGAAAAUGUCGCUGUCGCAUUUAAUUACAUUGGUUGAUGCUUUGAACGAGCCUCGCAAUCCCGUCUACGAUUUUGGUAUGGGCAUGAAUCCACUUCAGUUCCAAACCAGGGGCAUGAACUCGUCGCUGCUGAGUCCAUGGCAGUGCCCACAUCCCGAGUGCCCAACUUCGCCGGUCGGAAAGAUUUUGGCCAAUCGCCGCGGACGUGGCGACAUGUCAAAACUAGCGAAUGGUGAGCUCGAUGCUUGGAGCAUGCCCGUCGCACAAGUGGGCAAAGAUGGCUACCAGGUAUGCAUGGAUGUCAGCCAGUUCACGCCCAGAGAGCUGAACGUGAAGGUGGCCGACAAUUGGAUCACGGUCGAGGGCAAGCACGAAGAGCGCGAGGAUGGCCAUGGCUACAUCUCGCGCCAUUUUGUGCGCCGUUAUGCCCUGCCCAAGGGCUACGACGGAGAUAAGGUCAUCUCCUCUCUGUCAUCCGAUGGCAUUCUCUCCGUGAGUGUUCCUAAGCCGCAGCCCAAUGAGGACAAGACCAAGGAGCGCGUGGUUCAAAUUCAGCAAGUGGGCCCCGCUCAUCUGAACAUCAAACGGAACGAGGAAGAGUCGAAGCCAAAGACCCCCACCAAUGGCAACAACACCAAAUAGAAAGCCGUCGAUCAGCGUUAACCAAAGUCAACCUCAUUUCUCAUCAUAUUUCAUGUAUUGCAUGUAUUUAUUAAAAAGUCAUAUUUAUUGUAAUGAGCAAAAGACUAAUAUGUUAAA